AUUCUCUGAUUAUCGUAUUUAGAUGAUUCGAUUUUAUUUAUUUUUUCAAUUCUUAUUUGAUUUUUGAAAAUUUAUUUUCAUUUUUGAUUCGUACAGGACAAUGAAGGAUAUAAUAUGAUUUUAUAAUAUGAGACAAAAUUGUUUUGCUUUUUUUCAUUAUUUUAUAUAUACAAGUAACAUUUUCUUAUAAACAGACAUUUUGAAUAUAAACAUGUACCGAGUAGAUGAUAUUAAAUAAUAUUUUAUCGUAUCUAACUAGUCGUCCAAUCAACGUUCUUUAUUUAUAUUGGAUAUUUCAUGGAAGUAUAUAUAUAUGUAUGUAUGUAUAUUUGUACUGGCUGAUAAUCCGGAUCUUUCAAACGUUCAAAACUGCUUUCAAAUCAUAGAAACGGAAGAUAAAAUUUUAGAUAUAAUGUUGGUCUUAUCAUAAAUCAUCAUAAAUUAAUAUCAUUUUUAUUUAUAACCUAAUAAUUUUGGAAAGUAUAUAAAGUUGCCGAAUAUAAGGUCAAGUAAGUGAUAAACUUCCAGUAUUCACUUAUUACAUAAACAAAAGGAUAUGUUUCAAUCAUAUUUAUGAUUACAUUGAUGAUUUAGAAAUUAAUAUAUAUGAAAUGUACACUAGUGUAAAAUGGAAAAAAAAUCUUUAUGAAUUUACCGAUUUACCUGAUAAUUAUACAGACAGCACAUUUUUGACAGAAUUACGUAAGAAUGUAAAAUCUGAUUAUGUUUCUCGACUGGAAGCUAUUAAUUUAGCUGCCAGUAUAUCGAUUCGUUUAAGUAUUCCAGUUCUCUUUGUUAUCAUAUUUAUUUGGUUAUAUAAUGAAUGGACCACCCCAAAUGUCAUUAUUAUAUCUGAAAUAGUUUCAACCAUUUUUGGAUAUUUAUUUUAUAACAUAAAAAUAUUAAAUAUGUCAAAAAGACUGUCAGAAGAUCUUAGAACAACUUUAAUUUUUCUUAUUUUUGGAUAUAUUUUAUCACCAGUUUUGCGAACAUUAACUGAAACUAUUAGUACUGAUACGAUAUAUGCUAUGACUAUAUUAAUGUUUCUUACUCAUUUAAUAUUUAACAAGUAUGGUUCUACGGAAAUCUUUUUUUCUGAUUCCUUGUCUAUCACUUCAUCUAUUUUUGGUUCAUUAAUGUUAGCAUCCAGACUUGCUUCACCUUUACAUGCAUUUUCACUUUUAACUGUUUCGGUACAAUUUUUUGUAUUAUUUCCUAUAUUAUUAUCUUACAUAAAUAACAAAGUAAUUAUAUCAAUCAUAAUAACUAUAGGGACAGUAUAUUUAUUAUUACCCAUGUCUAAUGUAUGCUCCUAUGUUUUUAUCAUAGUUGUGGUAUUCAUUCAUUUCAUUUGUCCACUUUGGUAUAUUAGAUGUAAACAAUUUAAAAAUAACAUCUAUGGUCCUUGGGAUGAAGCAGUCAUUUCCUAACUACUCUAAUAAUAUUAAUUGUGUAAAAUACUCAAUAUUAACAUUGUUAUUAUUAUUAACAUAUUAUUGAAAAAAAAAAGAUAAUUAUUUAUCAAAUAAAACAA